AUGCCUCUCAUCAACGGAAUAAAGAUGGCCUGCGAGCCUUGCAUCCGAGGCCAUCGCUCAACCAAAUGCACACACGCCAACGAGCGGCUAAUGGUGCCCGUUAGGAAGCCGGGCAGACCUCUAAGUAGCUGCCCCCAUCCGGCUUCACGCCCUUGCUCUUGUGGAAGAGUUACGGCUGCCAUACCCAAGAAACAAGCCUGCCAUUGUGGUCCCAGCAAAGAUGCCGAAUCACCAAUCCUCAAGCCCGAGAAUGGCGACAGUGCAAGCAGCUCGACACCCCAGAGCCCUGUUAGCAAGACACCGGGCUCGGGCUAUCGAGUACAAAAGACUAGUUCCAAGGGGAGUAAUUCAAGUCGGAGAGAAUCAGUUGACCCAGCGGCCUUGCAACGGAUGGACCCUAAAAUGCUCAACAUCUUACCUUCUUUUGAGGACACUGCUCAAAAGUCUGCCACGCCCCUUGCCGAUAUGAAUCCCUAUGGGAGUAUGGGAAUGACUCCUGCAGAUAGCCCCUUUGGUCCUGUUAUGUAUCCAAUGUUCCAACACGUCCAACCCCCUAUUCUGAGUCCGGAUAUCUCGAAAAGGACAAUGGCCAACCAGUCAGGUUCAAUGACAAGUACACAUGUCUUGGAAGAAUCGAAUCCACCUGCGCCCAAAGUCGGCUCUUGUUGCGGAGGAGGGAGUUCCAAUAACGCUGCAUCUACACCCAUAACUCUUACUGCAGCGCCGAGCCCUCCCAAACCCAAAAAGAGUUGCUGCUCUUCGAACAAUGACUCACCCAAGGCUGAUCAUAAAACCGAUACUAUACCAGUCAACGAUCUACCGACGCCCAACAGUAUGAUGAUGUCGCCUUUCCCAGCAUCUAUCAUGAUGCCAAACGGCAUGUAUGCUUACUAUCCUCAACCGACAGUCUUUACAUACCCACCUCAGUAUGGAUCAUAUCUGCAACCUCUUCAGCCGGAACAAUGGAGACAGGUCAUGGCUACGAUGACGUUUGCUGGUCAAGGAGGCAUGCCUUCACCUUACGGCAUGCCAGGUGCGACGCCGUUCCAGAACCCAACAGCCACUCAAACUCCACACUCAGCCUCGGGCACUUCUCAUCAAUGUAGUUGCGGUGCCUCAUGUGAGUGUGUUGGUUGUGCGGCCCAUCCCUAUAACGAGGCGACACAGAACUACGUAAAAUCAGCUUGGCAGAGUAUGAUGGACACCGGUUACACCCAUGUCAACGGGCACGGAAACGGCGAGGUACCGGCGACAAAUGGCCACAACAUGAACGGAAGCACACCGGCUGUACCACCCGUCGGCUCUGCCGAAGGCACCGUGUCGCCAGUCGCCCCCCAGACCCCCUCCGAGGCAGCCUCCGGAAUUAGCGAGGAGCAGGCAUUGUCGGCUAAUGACUUCUUCUUUGUCAGCUAUCCAUUUGGAGACUCUUGUGCGGGCGAGGAGGCUAGUUGCCCUUGCGGAGACGAUUGUCAAUGCCUAGGCUGUGUCAUUCAUGGAAACAACGAGGCAGUGGUAGAAACGGAGAGCCAGGCCUAG